CCUCUGCGCUCGACCGCGCCGCAGCCUGCGCGCUCGCGACCACCCCGACACAACCUCCAGUUAUGAUUCAAUCUAGAAAUCAUUUGUGGAUUUGAAAUCAAUCCUAAGUACAUUUAAGACAACGUUACAGUGGAAGCGGCAGUGAGUGCGAAAGGAAAAACGUUUGCAGAUUCCCGCCCAAACUAGGAUGUCCCGACACGUGCUCCUCUCCCGCCUGGCGGAGCAGUUCCAGCUGUCGUCCCCGCCGCCCGCGCACCGCUUCCCCUCCCCCGAGCGAAGCGUCUCCCCGCAGUCGCCCGCCUCUCCACAGUCGCCGCCGCAGUCGCCGACGCUGCCGCAUCUGCUGCAGCUUGGGGAUAUCGAGAUAGCGGGCAGAGCCUUGAAGCAGUAUGCUAGAGCCACGGAACUAGGAGCGUUGAUGUACUGCAGCGGGCUCGGAGCGCUGUAUGGUGGAGGAGGAGUCUGGCCACUGCUUCUGCCUCGCCACUCGCCGCAAUACCCCCGAACUCCUAUCGAACUGGCCAGACACACGCCGCCCAGAGAAGACGACGAGGAGCUGCCGUUGAACCUGUCGACCAAGAACCGUCAGAUCUGGUCGCCGGGCAGUGCGUGCGAGCGCGAGCGGCCCGAGUCCCCGCGCGACGACGCGCCGCUCGAGCUGGUGACGCGCGGCCGCAGCCCCGACACGGACCGCGCCGCAACCCCCGACCCCUGCCGGUGCCCCUCCACCCCGCAACACCAACCCUACGCUGCCCUCCAAACGCCCGCCCCUGAUCUCAACUUCUCACUCAUCAAGAGCGAAAACAGAAGCGAAAAGUCAUUUCAAUGCAAGCAAUGUGGAAAAUGCUUCAAGCGGUCGAGCACGCUGUCGACGCACCUCCUCAUCCACUCGGACACGCGGCCCUACCCCUGCCAAUACUGCGGGAAACGCUUCCACCAGAAGUCCGACAUGAAGAAACACACCUACAUACAUACAGGCGAGAAACCUCACAAAUGCGUGGUGUGCUCAAAGGCGUUCAGCCAGAGCUCGAACUUGAUCACGCACAUGCGCAAGCACACCGGCUACAAGCCCUUCUCGUGCGGGCUGUGCGACAAGGCGUUCCAGCGCAAGGUGGACCUGCGCCGGCACCGCGACUCCCAGCACGCGGAUGCCGACGCGCUGCCCGCGCCGCUCCGCUACCGAUACUACGGCGAUGAAUCGCCGACACCGCUUGCGCCCAUUGUCACCAACUGAACGAUGUUUAACCAGUUACUCUAACGAUGUCUAAGUCAAUCGAGGUGAUGCGUCUUUUCAGCACUUGUAUUCGGAUGUCGAGAAAACGACUAGCGAUCGAUUAUUUUAUCUUAUACAAGAUGCAUUAACUAAAUGCAGAUUUUAAUAUACUAUGCCGGCGCAUAUUUUAAACAGCACUGGAGUUAUGAAGAUAAAACUUUUCAUCGCUACUUGUUUCUCACUAGUCGUCGGCGGUGGGCAGCCGCUUUAUUGUUACCACAACUACGACAAGUUGGUUGAGUAUUUCACUGUCAACUAGGUAAGGAAAUAUCUUUGUUUUUAGUGACCAAAGAUAAACACGGCAUUGAACUUUUUUAUUAAUUUUAUAAUUUGGACAUUUAAUUGAAAAAUGCAAAUUAUAUUUAAUUUAUGCACUGGCACAGUACAAAUUCUAACGUAACAAUCGUUGUUUAACUUUGUGUCCCUAGUUAAAAGACGUGAUUCUGUGAAUCCGAGGCUGCUUAUAUUUAUCAAUUGUUGUUACCCUAGGUAUAGCGCCUACAUGAGUUAGUAAUUUAUUGCUAAUAACCCACGUGUUCAUUGCACUUCGAACCAUGGAAUACGUUAAUAAACAAAAGCAUUUAUAAAAUAAGUGUACGAAAUCGAUCGUGUUCUUUGUGAUUUUAAAGCGAAACACAGAUCAUUAUAAUAAUAGAGGCUGUACAAACGAAUCGUCCAAUAUCAAGUAAUCCGUCCUUUGUCAAAGUGAUAAAAUAUAGUGUACAUACAAUUUAGUUAAUUUUAAGGGUGCAUACCAGAAACCUGUCAGAAAAAUGCAGGCAGACCAUUAAUAUAAGAAUAGUCUAUUAAAAACCAAAGUGAAGUGUCGUAGGUUUACGUGAGUGUGAAACGCUUUAUUUAUUUAGGAUAAGAUGUCCGUAAGUAUUGUAUCUAUGCCUUACACUUGUGCUAAUUAUAUUGUAAUGUUUGACAUAUAUUAGAAUUUAAGUACGUACCUAAGGAUUAUCAUUGUCAGUCGAUAGUCAAAGUCAAUCACGAUCUAUGCAUUUAAUUAUGUAGUUAAACUUACAGUCAAAAUUACUAGUUUUGUACGCCAUUUAUUAUUUGGAGGUAGGUAUACCACGAGUAUCUAACUCAUGUGUUUGUAGUUUUUAAAUUAAUUGUUAUGUAUGAUGAAUGGAUUAUUUAUAUUUCCGGCCAGGUUUUUAAUAUUAAAUGCUAAGUUCUGUAAAAUUUACCAUGUGUCUAUUAUUUAAGUCAAUAUUCAAAGGUAAAUGCUAUCUACAGUUUUACAUAAUACGCAAUGCCUAACCGUAUAAGUUCCCCGCCUACCAACUAGUAAUGUGUACUGUUUUGCUCUUUCUAAAUUAUGUUACCGUGAUAAUUUUACACCGUUACCAAUAUAACUUUGAUAAAAAAGCCGAUUUUGCACUUUUGUAUUUUCUAUCUUAUUUUUUUGCGAUUUAAAACAAAUAAAUCAUAUCAUACCAUAAAGUAGCUAGGCAUAUUGAUAAUUUAUCUCUACCAGAACCAUUGCCAUUUUCGUGCAUUUACCAAUCAUUUUUUUUGUUUAAGCAAGUUACUAAAACUCGAUAUAUUGUCGAGUGAUUAAAAUUUAAAUAUGUAAGACUGUUGAACCUUAUGAAUGUGAACAAGUGGGUGCGUAUUGUAAAGUGGUCGUUUGCACUGGCACGAUUUAUCGUCAGUCGCUGGCCACUGAUUUAUUGAUACGACUCUGCAAAAUAAAUGAAAACGGCAGCGCUGUUGUAAAUAAUUUUUAAGAAAAAAAAACCGCUUUCCUUUGGGGAUUCCUUCUGGUGAUAAAUACUUUCAAAU